GGGCCAUGGCGGGGAGCGGCGGAGCCGGGGCGGCCCCGCGGGAGCACCGCCUGCAGCCCGGGGACACCCUGCAGGGGCUGGCGCUGCGCUACGGGGUGACGAUGGAGCAGAUCCAGCGCGCCAACCGCCUCUACUCCUCGGACAGCAUCUUCCUGCGAGCCACGCUGCUCAUCCCGGGACAGCGCCACAGCCCCGGGGACACCGGCGGGGACAGCCCCGGGGACACCGGCGGGGACAGCCCCGGGGACAUUCCCGGGGACAUUCCCGGGGACAGCCCCGGUGACAGCCCCGGCCCCGGCCCCGGCCGCUCCCGGCGCGACCUCUCGGCCUCGGAUUUCCUGCGGCGCUUGGACGCCGAGAUCGGGCGCUGCAAGGAGGCGGCGGCGCUGCGGCUGCAGGGCCCGGGCUCCAGCCCCGGGCCAGCCAGGGGUGGCCCCGCGUCCCCCCGGGUGUCACCGACCGUCCCCGCGUCCCCCCGGGGGGCCCGGCUGGGACCCCGACCCCUCACCAGGACCCCGCGGGCGGCCGCGCUCAGGGACAGCGAGGACGAGAUCUUCACAUUGUGA